AUGGAGCCAGCAGAGAUCAGAUUCUCUCUACAGAGACCUCCACAGCACACAGAUCCAGACAUGGCUCCUACAACCACUGCAGCAAUGACCAACUCUCAGGAGCAUCUCACUCUGACCCACAAGCUCAGAAAACCUCUGGUGGAGAAGUUACGCAGAGAGCGAAUCAACAGCAGCAUUGAGCAGCUCAAGUCUCUCCUGGGUCCAGAGUUCCUCAAACAGCAGCCAGACUCCAAGCUGGAGAAAGCAGACAUCCUGGAGAUGACAGUUUGUGUCCUGAGACGACUGCAGCAGCAGAAUCAAGCUGUGGACUCAGCAGCUGUCAAUCAGGGCUACUCCAGGUGUGUCCAAGAGGUGACACACUUCCUGUCCAAAGAGCAGAUGAAGACACAGUCCCAGAGAAGACUGCUGAACCACUUCAACAAGCUGCAGUCUUCCUCUGAUAACAACCUGAGAGAGGCUGACUUCUCUCCUCUGAGCUCCACAGUCCAGACCAGCAUCACCACAGACAAGAGUCCAGUCAACAGCGCCCCCUGGAGGCCGUGGUAGACCCAAGGAUUUGUACAAGUGAUGUUUGCUGUUGGACUUUUAACUUCAUCAGUCUGGUCUUGUUUUAAAGAGUCAUUGUGUGUUGCUGCAAUGUUUAAGUUGUAUUACCUUUUGUAAAGGUCACUCUGUGUUUCUGUGAUAUUUGCAGACAAAUAACUGUCUACUAUUGUGUAUUUCAAAGGUAGUCACUUAUUUCCGAUCCAUUACUCUAUGAAGUAAAUAUUUUUAUCCCCAGUGGGAAUGCCUUUAAAUUGUCAAUAACACUGACAAUGAUGUUUUUACCUUUUCUCCAUUUAGGAGACAAACUUAAUCAUGUUAAACAUGUUUUUUAUGUGAUGUUCACAUUAUGAAAUGUCCUUUGUGAUGUGUCUGUAAACAUGUCAAUCGUCUGCAUUUUUAGCAGAUGAAUUGUGUGUAUUCAUUAACACCACUGUGCUGCUUUAUCACUCUGUGAGUGACAGCACUCAUACCUUCAAUGAAGGGCUUGUUAACAUGAAUGUAUCUCUUCAAGCCAAGUGAUGCGCAAUAAAACAAUCACAAAAACAA